AAUUAACUGAUGAAUUGAGAAGAGGCAUAAGAGGUUGAGGACGUGGUUGUUGUAUGAUGAGUCAUGAGUCUAGCUUUAUUUAUUAAUUAAGAAAAAAAAUUGGCAUGUGUGAUGAGUGUGAAUGCUAAUUCGUAUUAAAAUCCACACACAUAUGACAUUAUAUUGGGAAUCUUGGGGCUUCAUCAAGCUUCAAGUAACCUUUGCUCCAAGCAAUUCUUCUUCCUUCAUACAAAUCCAUCUCUUGCAAGACACAAUUCAAUUCAAGAAUGGCAGUUACACAUGCUGAUCUCGAACCAAACACAGGGAACACAUGUUUGAUGAGCAGCAAAACUGGUGUGUUCCUCGUACUUCUCACAAUCCUAUUGGGACUCUCCUCCUUCACUCUCUGCCUCAUAGCAGAAGCCACACGUUCUCAGGUGACAUGGAUGAACACAAGAAAAACAGAAUGUGUAUACAGAAGUAGCGGGAAAACGCCAUUGGUAUGUGCUGCUUGUGCUUUUGUUGUGCUAGCAAUCGCCAUGGUUAUGGAACAUACUUAUCUCUUAAUCACAGUUAGUAAAUCAUCGCCAACCUUACUCCACUUGGAUCCUGAAUCCCCUUCUGCCAACUCCUUAGCCUCCCAUGCUGGAUUUUUCUUCAUCGCUACCUGGAUAUGUUUUGCGAUUGGGGAGAUUCUGCUGCUAGCAGGAGUGAGUGUAGAAUCAGGGCAUCUGAAGAAUUGGUCAAAGCCAAGACACACAUGCCACGUCAUCAGAAGAGGAUUGUUCUCUUGUGCUGCUGUCUUUGCUUUGACCACAGUUUCCUUAGCUUCUGCCUUAUACCUCAUAGCAGUUCGUGCCCAAAGGUUGUCACGCCAACUAGAACAACAUUCUAGAACCCAAGUUCUUCACACAUCUGAAGCCAUUGUAGUAUUCCAUGACCAUGCCAAUGCUUCUCCUUCUCCACCUCAACCAACGAAAGACACUACAAUAUUUUCCGUUUACAAAUUAUAGUAAAAUUUGAGGUAGGUUUCACAGAGUGAUUUAUAGAGAGAGAAAAAAAUGAGAGGAAAUAUGGGAUAACAUGAUGAGUUUUGAUCAAAAUGCUAACUAUGUAAACAUCAUUAUUAUAGCUGCUGAUAUAUUGAGAAAGUCUUGAAUCUUCUACAGAAGAAAGAAAAAAAAAAAUCUU